AUGUUCGUCAUCUGUGCCCCUCUCCCUCUCGCCAUGUUCGUCAUCUGUGCCCCUCUCCCUCUUGCCAUGUUCGUCAUCUGUGCCCCUCUCCCUCUUGCCAUGUUCGUCAUCUGUGCCCCUCUUAUACCCUGUUUGUUAUCUGUGCCCUCCUCACUCUCACCAUGUUCAUUAUCUGUAUCCCCUCUCUCUCUCGCCAUGUUCAUUAUCUGUGCCCCUCUUUUACCCUGUUCGUUAUCUGUGCCCCUCUCUCACUCUUGCCCUGUUUGUCAUCUGUGCCCUUCUCUCUCUUGCCCUAAUCAUUAUCUGUACCCACCUCUCUCUCGCCAUGUUCAUUAUGUGUCCCACUUUUACCCUGUUCGUUAUCUGUGCCCCCCCCUCUCUCUCACCCUGUUUAUUAUUGAAGUUUAUACCUGCUAUAUGCAAAUUCUGCUUACAUUUUUUUUUUUUAUUUCUUUCUCUCCCUCUAUUUUCUUUUUUCUAUCUCACUCCUUCCUUUCUACACAUAUUUUUAUCUUUCUUGUCUCUCUUCUCUUUCCCAAUUAUUUUUCUCUAUCCUCUUUUCUAUCGCCUUCCUUUUAUUUUCAACUUUUCUCUCUUUUCACAUUUCCUUUCUCCCCCCCACCCAUUUCCUUUCACUCCUUUUGUGAUUUUCUAAGUUUCUUUCCCUUUUAUUUUUCUCUUUAUCUUCUUUUUCACUCUUCUUUAGACAGCUAUUAA